GUUUUUUCUGAUUACAGCUCUCAGACUCCAUUUUCAAAAUUUAGGGUUCUUAAUUUUCUUCUUCGAUCCUUCAAGUUCUUCAACUCCGAUUUCGUUUCGUCUCUUCCUGCACUUCGAUAUUGACGGAUUCUGGGAUUCUCUCCGUCAUUCUCAGCCUUAUAAAUUGAGCACGCCUCUCAGUCCAGACUCUUUAAUCCUAUUGGAUUUAUUUAUGUGAUGAAGGAUGUGUGCAUUGCUCACAGAUCUCACCAUUCCUGUCUCUGAACUGGGACUAUGAGUUAUUGGUUCCCUGACUUUGCUGCUGCUUCAUAGACUUAGCUGACUUGGGUGGUUUGAUUUGUGAGGCUUAUCGUUGCAAUGGAAUGCAAUAAAGAAGAUGCUAUUAGGGCGAGUAAAAUAGCUGAGGAAAAGAUGGAGGCUGGUGAUUUUGUUGGAGCUCAUAAAUUCGUUACCAAGGCGCAAAGACUCUUCCCCAAUCUCGAAAACAUAGUGCAGAUGAUGACCAUAUGUGAUGUGCAUUCUUCUGCAAUUAAGAAAAUCAAAGGGCUUGACGAUUGGUAUGGUGUCCUUCAGGUUCAGCCAUAUGCUGAUGCUGACACAAUCAAGAAGCAAUACAGAAAGCUUGCGCUGCUUCUCCAUCCAGACAAAAACAAGUUUGCUGGAGCAGAGGCUGCUUUCAAGUUGGUUGGGGAAGCAAACAGAUUGCUUUCUGAUCAGAUCAAACGUUCUCAGUAUGAUAACAGAUACAGAUCCCAUUCAAUGUUUGCUAACAGGCAUGUGAAUGUAUACUCGGGUCGCCACUGUGCAGCUACAAACAAUGCUGCGGAGAAUAUUGCUGGUGUUUUCACAUUCUGGACACGUUGCAGGCACUGUGGCCAGUGUUAUAAAUACUUGAGAGAAUAUAUGAACACUUCUAUGCACUGUUCCAGUUGCCAGAAAUCUUUUGUCGCCUGCAAAAUGAGGUGUGAUGGAGUGCCACCUAGUAGUUCAACCGCUGGUAGAAAAGAAUUCCAAGAUCAAGUGAUGUCUAAUACAUCUCGGCAAAAUGCUUCUACAGCAGCAGAAUCAGGCAGCUCAGCAGCUGAUAUGGGUAAGAAUGGGAAAGUCGGAGGGAAAGUCAACAAGAAGAAUCAAGAAAAACAGAAAAAUGGUGCUGUUAACAGGGGAACUAAGAAAGAAGAAGGUUGUACAGAGAAUGACGCUGAAGGAAGAAAACCCCAGACUAGUGAGACAGGUACGAAUAUUUCUGCUGAAAUGCCUAAAGCUGAUGUAUUGAAGCCGCAACAUCAAGUAAAAGAAGAACCAGAUACUAGUGCAGAAAAGUCAAUACCUGAUUUAUCAGCUCCACAGAAGAAUCGGGCACCCAAAAAGAAGAGGAAAGUUGUUGAAGAAUCCUCUAAGAGUUUUGAGGUUGAUAGCUCUGAUACUGCUGGGGCUAAAACAGAUACAAAUGAACAUAAUAAGAGGAAGUCAUCAAGGAAAAAGCCACAGGUUUCUUACGCAAAGGAGGGAAGCGAUGGUGAUUUUGUCAGCCCUCCAAAUAAAAAGACAAAAUCAGGUUUUGAAUUUGAGUCUGAGCCUAAUAAGAAGCAAACGGCUGAGGAUAAUAAGUCACCUAAACUGGCUGUUUCUGGUGUUUCUUCUGCUUCUUCACAUUCUUAUAAAGGAAAGGCCAAGAAAAAUGCGCAUUCUGGAAAUGAAGACAACUUGUCAGCCAAAAACAAAGUUAGUGAAGGCUGUGAUGGUAAUGGAGAAGAUGCAGCCUUGUUGAGCAAGAUUGGUAGAGUUGAAAAAGGAUACAAAGCUAAUGAAAAUUCUAAUCCGCUUGAUAUACCUGAUUUAGAGUUCAGUGUGUUUAAAGUUGAACGGAAAACAGAAGAUUUUGCUGUCAAUCAAGUGUGGUCUACUACAACUGAUUGUAGAGAUGGUAUGCCUAGGAAAUAUGCUCGGGUAAAGAAAGUACUGAAUGGCGAGUUCAAGCUGCGGAUCACCUACCUUGAUCCUGUACUGGAUAAGACUGAUGAAAGUAUUCCAGUUGCUUGUGGAAAGUUCAAAAAUGGGAAAACAAUGGAAGUUAAAGACAGCUCAAUCUUUUCAGGUCAAAUGCAUCACUUGCGUUGCAACAAUAUUGUUUCCAUCUACCCAAGGAAAGGGGAAAUAUGGGCUAUAUUCAGAGAGUGGGAGGAGGAAUGGAACACUAGUCUAAAAAAGCAUAAAUUUCCAUAUAAGUAUGACUUUGUGGAAAUUGUCAGUGAUUUUCAUGAUCUUAACGGGGUUGGAGUGGCCUAUCUGGGAAAACUUAAAGGGUCUGUUCAGCUAUUUCACUGGGAGCCGCAGCAUGGAAUUUGCCAGAUUCAAUGUAGUCCGAAAGAUAUGCUUAGAUUUUCUCACAAAGUACCAGCAGUCAAAAUGACUGGAAAAGAGAAAGAAUCUGUUCCACCUAACUCAUAUGAAUUGGAUCCUGCUGCCUUACCAAAAGAUAUAUUUCAGGUUGAUGCGGUUGAUAUGGAGAUGGAUAGUGAGAUCCUGAAAGGUAAAGCUGACGGCCCUUAUAAGGUUGGAGCGAAGGCCAAGGCAGUUCAAGAGACCGCAUCAUCUCCAAGGAAACGUCAGAAAUCUGAUGAUGAUAAUGAUGAUGGUGUAUGCAGUAAUCUUGGGGAAGUCAUAGGCGGAAGCAACAGAAGUCAUAUUUUUUCUUCUUGUGAAGUUGAUGAUAAGAACACAUCAACCAAAUCCAGAAAGGAUGGUGAGUCCACAGAUGUUUUCAGACUUCGAAAAUCUCCUCGUCUUCAAACAAUUCCAAACCACCAAGGAGAUGAGAAGAAAAGUGCUAAACAAGGCAACAAGAUGAAUACCCCAAAGAAAAUGGAUAAGGGUCUUGUGACAGAUUCUUUGGGUGUUGAUGAAAAGAAAACAUCAAAGUCCAGAAAGAAUGGUGAGGCCACAGAUGUAUUCAAACUUCGAAAAUCUCCUCGUCUUCAAACAAUUCCAAGCCAACAAGGAGAUGAGAUGAAAAGUACUAAACAAGGCAAUAAAAUGAAUACCCCGAAGAAAACUGAUAAAGGUCUUGAGACAGAUUCUUUGGGAGUCAGAAAAUCUCCCAAUGGCAUUCACCAACCAGCAGAGAGUCAGGAAGGAGAGAGCUCAAAGAAACAAGGAUGCAAUGGUGAAAUACCGUCUCUGUCCAAGCAGAAUGAUUUGCCAACUCAGUUGGGUGGUUCUACGUAUAAGUCCCCUCGUACAACUCAUGUGUCACCACAUUGCAAAACACCUCGAAGAAAUGCCUUUGACUUCCAGAACCUGAGAUCUGAAGACAAAUUCGAAGUUAAUCAGAUAUGGGCUAUCUAUAGCAAUGACAAUGGAAUGCCCUUAGAGUAUGUGAAGAUCAAGAAAAUUGAAACCAAGCCUAAGUUUGUGCUACGUGGAACCCCGACAGAGCUGUAUCCGCCAUCUACAGAACCUGUGACCCGCACAGUGUCUUGUGGGGAAUUCAAGUUGCUCAAAGGAAGACCCAAAAUCAUUCCUCAUGCGAGCUUCUCACAUCUGGUCAAACCCUUUGACAGUAGUAAGAGGUUCAGAUUCAAAGUAUACCCAAGGAAAGGUGAGAUAUGGGCCCUGUAUAAGAACUGUGAUAGCACUGAAGAACCUGACAUUGUAGAAGUGGUGGAAGAUAACUGUGAUGGGGAGAUCGUAAAGGUGGUGGCUUUGACUGCUAUGGGCUCUAGUUUUCAGAGGAAACAAGGGUCGGAUGUGGGUUUAAUUGACAUUUCAAAGGCAGAAAUGAGUAGAUUUUCUCAUCAGAUUCCGGCUAUCAGACACCCAAAGAAGACAACAAGGCUAGUUAAAGGAGGAUACUACUGGGAACUUGACCCUAUAGCAAUUCCUAGUCGCACUAUUGUCAUAGACUAAACACAGUUCCACGAACUGACUCGUAAGUAUGCAUCAGAUUUCUUUCUUCAGAGAUCAUGUGUAGUAGAUAUGCAUAAUUAGUAGAAUGUAAUGGUAGCUUAAGUUGUGAGUGAAGAAAACAUUAUUCGCCGAUGCUGUUUCUGUUCUACUAGUAUUACUCAGCUUUUGAAUUUCCAGUAUUUUCCACAA